CGAACUGUCAAAUAGGAAACAUGUCGCAUAGCUAACGGGUCGACGCGGUCGCUUGUUUUCUUUGCAAUUUUGCGCGUCGCGAACAUGGCACGAGUGUUAAAUAUAGUGCGGACUUGUGGUUUACUAACGUAUUUAUUUUUCUAUGUGCACGCAGUUGACAAUAAUGUCUCGGAACCACGGAUAAUAUCGUUAAAACUGGAGAGUAAAAAAUGUGACAAUGUAAAUUGUAAAUAUUUACUUAAUAUUAAGGGUGGCGAGUUUUUGGGGCAUUAUUCGUGGCGUUUGACCCCAGUGGAAGGUUCAGGGGGUGGUGAAUGUGACGUCAUAUUUCCUGAUUAUGAGUUAAAAGAGGUUUUAACGACGGAGUGGACGACGAAACUUGAGAUUGUGUUACCUAUGGUUGUAGAUCAAAAAGCAUAUUUUUGUGUUUACAAAAAUAAUGUGAAGAACAGCCCGUUUGGUGGGCGGUGGGUGCACCAGGGAGCGGAGCACUAUUUGGACGUUAGAGAGAAUUUACAAACAAAACCGCAAACCACAACAGAAGUGAAACAAAAAUCACAAUGGGUAGACAUGACGCACGACACAGACGUGAACCAUCUCAAAAAGACUCCAGAAUUAACAAGAGAAGAAAGAGAAAACGUAGAAGUUCUAUACAACAACAAAUAUGUCCCCCUAGCUGAUUUGGAGCAGAAGAAAAAUACAGGAGAAUUUGAAACAGAGGAAUUAGGACUUUUCAAUGACAAUUCUAUUGAAAGAUUUAAGAGAGGAGCAAAGAAUCCGACCACGAUACGGCCUCCAGAAGACUCCAGAACUUCACCAGAAGGCGUGACCAGCAGAAAAGAAAGGGACGUUACAAUGCCUGUAUCGGAUUUUGUCAGUGUAAGGGGUGAUCCUUCCAUCGUGAAUAUUGAAGGAUUAAGGAUUGAGAACUCCGACAAGGAGCCGAGGAUUAUUGAAGAAGGUAUACCAAGCGUUCUGGCUGAUUCCAGAGUAACUUUAAGAUUAUUCGGUGACGGGCUCACAUCAAGAACCGUGAUAGCGUUCACACACGAGACGCAAAUAGGUGGACAGCCCUGCAAGUUUCUACUCAAGGGAGAAUACAUGGUAAAAGAAGGUACACUGCGCCCUCGGACCGCUCUCUUCGACAUAGUAGCGCCAGCGCCGAUCACAGACUCCAAGCUCUACAUCUGUGCUAAAAACCUCAGGGCUGGAGUAGAUGAUCCCUUUCAGGAUGAGGAGAAAUAUCUGCAUCAAGGAACGGAAGUGUACAAGAUGAUAGCGUCACACAAUACUCUGCUCCCGCUCUGGGUGUCCCUGACCCUCAUCUUGACCUGUCUCACUUUCUCCGCCCUGUUCUCCGGCCUCAACCUUGGAUUGAUGUCUCUGGACAGGACAGAGUUGAAGAUUAUUUCUAAUACCGGCACGGAACAAGAGCGCAAAUACGCUCGAGCCAUCAUGCCAGUCCGUGACCAUGGCAACUACCUUCUCUGCAGCAUACUCCUCGGCAAUGUAGCAGUCAAUUCCACCUUCACCAUACUUCUGGAUGAACUGACUUCUGGACUCUUCGCUGUGAUAUUCUCCACCUUAUCCAUUGUGCUUCUGGGUGAGAUUACUCCUCAGGCGAUAUGCUCAAGGCAUGGACUUAUGAUUGGAGCGAAGAGUAUCAUGAUUACCAAGGCAGUGAUGGCACUCACAGCGCCUCUGGCGUUUCCUGUUAGUAAAUUAUUGGACUACUUCUUGGGUGAGGAAAUUGGAAGCGUCUACAAUAGGGAGAGGCUCAAGGAGCUGGUCAAGGUCACCACAGACGUCAAUGACCUCGACAAGGACGAGGUGAACAUCAUCUCCGGAGCUCUGGAGCUCCGUAAGAAGACAGUUUCCGAUGUGAUGACCAAGCUGGAAGAUGUCUUCAUGUUGCCCAUCAGCUCCGUUUUGGAUUUCGAGACCAUGUCGGAAAUUGUCAAGUCGGGCUACUCCCGUAUCCCAGUGUACGAGGGUACGCGCGGCAACAUAGUGACGGUCCUCUUCAUCAAGGACCUGGCCUUCGUGGACCCUGACGACAACACGCCUCUGCGCACUCUCUGCCAGUACUACCAGAACCCCUGCAACUUCGUCUUCGAAGAUGUCACUCUUGAUGUUAUGUUUAAACAGUUUAAGGAAGGACAUAAAGGCCACAUGGCGUUUGUCCACCGUAUCAACAAUGAAGGCGAAGGAGACCCCUUCUACGAGACCAUGGGAUUGGUGACUCUAGAAGACGUUAUCGAAGAAAUGAUUCAAGCAGAAAUCGUUGAUGAGACCGACGUCUUUUUGGACAACAGGUCCAAGCGGCGUCGCAACAAGCCCAUGAACAAGCUUCAAGAUUUCACCGCGUUUGCUGAACGACACGAAAACCAAAGAAUACAUAUAUCACCACAACUUACUCUAGCUACCUUCCAGUUUUUGAGUACCAGUGUCGACGCGUUCCGUCCAGACACUGUAUCUGAGACGGUACUCCGUCGUCUUCUCAAGCAGGACGUGAUACAGCACAUCAAGAUUAAAGGAAAGACCAAGAAGGAUCCGAGCACUUACGUCUUCCAGCAGGGGAAACCGGUGGACUACUUCGUGCUGAUCCUGGAAGGUCGUGUGGAGGUGACGGUGGGCCGGGAGAACUUGGUCUUCGAGGCAGGACCCUUCACCUACUUCGGAGUACAGGCGCUCACACAGAACGUUGGAGUCGCGGAAUCCCCAACCCCUUCGGCGAUGGGUUCCCUCCAGAAUAUAAACAUGGACUCCAUGCUGCGUCAUACCUUCGUGCCUGACUACUCAGUCAGGGCUGUGGCAGAACUCUUUUAUUUAACUGUCAAACGCUCGCCGCCCGACCAGAACCAGGCCCGAGUGUACGGCGUAGCGUUCCGCGCGCGCCUCAAAGAGCCAAUAGACCACCACAGACGGGGCCUAUAG